AUCACCAUCAGCAUCGUCAUCAUCACCACCCUCAUUAAACUUCCUCUCAUCAUCGGACAAUGGAUAAUAUAAAGUUGUUGAUAUUGGCUGCAGAGUAUCUUGAUAAAAUCCAUCUGUCUAUCGAAUACGAACACGGAUAUGCAUCUCCAUCUGUUGACAACACAACCAAAGAUGUUGAUGACGACAGUGACGCAGAUGUUGACAACUACAACAACAACAGCAACAAAAACAAAAGCAACAAAAACAACAGCAAUAUCAACAACAUAUACCUUCCUUCAUCAAACAACCUUUGUAACAUUCCACUGAGAGAUCACAAACAACAUCAACUCUCUCAAUGCGAUCAACAACGACACCAAAAACAAGUUGGAAACUUCCAACAACGACAAAAACCACCACCACCACAACAACAACAUUAUUUCCAACAACAACAUCAACCCUCCAAACAUCACAGACACCAAAGCGAGCACGGCAAGCAGAUCAAAAAACAUCCACCACCACUACUACAGACAAAUCAGCCCAAAAAACCACCAAACACCAACUCUGCUACUACCUCCCCCAAAUUCAACCACAACCAAUCUGAAAAACUCAGACGCGAUUUUCUGAAAAGUUGUUUCAACCAGUUAAAGCAAGCCAUUUAUGAGAAUCAACAAAACUCAUUCAACAACAUCAACAACAUCAACAACAAACACCUUUGCAACAAUCACAAAUUUGCCGGCAUCUGCAACAACAACAGAAACAUCAACAACAUCAACAACUCGAGAAAAGCAUCUCUCCAACAAAUUUUGAACACAGCAAUCAUCGUCAUGAAGCAGCACAAACCCGCAUUUUUGUAUUUCAGCAGAAGCAUUCACGUGCGUUCAUUAGGAAUGCAAUCUGCCAAAAUGUCGUUGCAGAUGGCUCGAGCAGUCAGAGCGAGGACAGUGGAUGUGGCUCGUGGCUCGAUCUUCAAACAUGAAAGUGUCCGAAUCAGCUGGCGCCGUGAAAGUUUCCAAUCCAACAUCUAUUCAAAUUACUCUACGAUAUCUAACAGCCAGUAUCGUUUCGCUUUUUAUCUCGAUAUAUUAUUUGUUGAAGUCCUUCUCUCGGAAGAUGUUGUUGAUGAGUUUUCAACAACAAAUGGAAGUGUGGAAACGUUUGUAGUCAGUGAAAGUUGCAAGUUGAUUUGA